AUGGGGGAACUGAACUUUUUCUUAGGUCUGCAAGUUAAGCAAACCCCUAAGGGAAUGAUGAUAAGUCAGCAAAAAUACAUUAAAGAGCUUCUUAAUAUAUUUGAGAUGGAAAGUUCAAAAGCCAUUGAUACUCUUAUUGCCACUGCCACUCGUCUAGACAUAGAUGAACCUGGUUCUCUUGUGAACGAAACCAUGUAUAGAGGUAUCAUUGGUUCACUCUUGUAUUUCACAUCCAACAGACCUGAUAUUGUGUUCAGUGUGGGAUUAUGCGCUAGGUUCCAAUCAAGUCCAAAGGAAUCUCAUCUAAAAGUUGCCAAGAGGAUUCUAAGGUAUCUCAAAGCAACAUAG